AUGAAGCGAUUAGCAGAAGUGAAAGAUUCUCUGGACAUAGAAGUCAAACAGAAUUUUGUUGACCCCCUCCAGAACCUCUGUGAUAAAGACCUAAAGGAGAUCCAGCAUCAUCUGAAAAAGCUGGAGGGCAGACGUCUGGAUUUCGACUAUAAGAAGAAGCGUCAGGGAAAAAUACCAGAUGAAGAACUUCGUCAAGCGAUGGAGAAAUUUGAAGAGUCCAAGGAAGUGGCAGAGACCAGCAUGCACAACCUCUUGGAGACUGAUAUUGAGCAGGUGAGCCAGCUCUCAGCCCUGGUAGAUGCCCAGCUGGAUUAUCACAGGCAAGCAGUACAGAUCCUAGACGAGCUGGCAGACAAGCUGAAGCGCAGGAUGCGAGAAGCCUCUUCCCGUCCCAAGCGGGAAUACUAGCCAAAGCCUAGAGAUUCCUAUGACUUUGGAGAGCCGGAUCAGUCCAAUGGAGGUUUCCCUUGUGCCCCAGCCCCCAAGAUUACAGCUUCUUCCUCUUUCCGAUCCUCUGACAAGCCCAUCCGGACCCCCAUCAGGAGUAUGCCACCUCUGGACCAACCCAGCUGCAAGGCCCUAUAUGACUUUGAGCCUGAAAACGAUGGGGAACUGGGCUUCCGGGAGGGUGACAUCAUCACACUGACUAACCAGAUUGAUGAAAACUGGUAUGAAGGCAUGAUCAACGGCCAGUCGGGCUUCUUCCCCCUCAACUACGUGGAGGUGCUGGUCCCACUACCUCAGUGAAAUGGCUGCUCUCCACACCUCCCUCCCUGUCCUCCCUUCCUCCUCCUCUCUCCUGUUCCUCCCCCUAAUGAGGAAGGCCAGGCCUGAUCUCCUGCAUUCCAUUUUGUUCCUGGUGACACCAGUCUCUCACUGGAAGACAAAUGGGAUAGUAUUAACCCUGCCCAUGCCAGAAGGGUGACAGAUUAUCUGGACUGGGUGUCCCCUAAACUCCAUCCUUCCCAAGGAUUUGGUACUUACUGAGAGAUCUCAAGGAGCUUGCUGCCUCCCCCACCCCCACCCCCACCCCUCCCUCCUCAGUCCCUUUGGCAAAGGUUCAGGCAGCA